GUCUUUGUUUCGCCGCGGCAAAGAGCUCAGACUACUUUCCACAAACUUUUCGAGGGUCAAGAGCUCCCACCACACGAUACGACAGAAUCCGUGAGAGAAUGGGAUUAUGGAGACUAUGAAGGCUUGACGAUAAGCCAAAUCAAAGUCAAGAAUCCUAACUGGGUUAUCUGGAGAGAUGGCUGCCCUGGUGGAGAGUCGCCCGAAGACAUUACCAAGAGAAUAGACGAUACCAUUGCAAAGAGGAAGGAGUUGGCAAAAGAGAUAGUAAGUAUGAAGUAUUUGAUAGUUUAUAAAAGAUACUCAUAUCUUUUAGUGAUGAUCGUAGCUCAUGGUCACUUCUUGCGAGCGUUCAUAUCUCGAUGGGUCGAAUUUCACGUUUGCCUCGGUACCCACUUCAAUGUCGAACCCGCAAGCGUUGCCCUGCUUACCUAUCAGCAUAACAAUUGUGCGUUGUAUUCUAUUCUCGUGAAAAUCUCACCCCUGACUGUCCCUUCUCGUGUAGUGGCUGAGCCAAGCCUUACUGGUCUCAAUCUUUAUGCAUUUGGUGAUUAA